AUGAACAGGCAUCACACCUUUACCAAUGGCUAUGCCGCCAACAAGAAGCGAGAUGACGAUGCCUACCGCCCCUACACCGACCGCUCCGACCUCGAGAGCAAGUACAUUUGGGGCCUCCCCGACCUAGUUGAGGACGAGAAGGCGGAUUCUUCCUUCGAUCGAAAAUUCGAGCCUCGAAAACGAGCCCUUCAUACACGAUGGCGACUGCUCCGGUUGGGCUUGAUGGUCCUGGCCACAUGCUCCUUGGCCUUCUACUUCUUCUUUCCCUCCAACUCCACUCUGUCCCUGUUGUCGAGUGGUUCGGCCGCUUCGUCCCAGUACGAUGAUAUCGAGACACUGCGGUACUAUGACCUCGAGGAUGUGCAGGGUACCUCGGUGGGCUGGGAGAGGGAAGAACGAGUCCUGCUAUGCACACCGCUGCGAGAUGCAGCACCACAUUUGCCCAUGUUCUUCGCCCAUCUACGAAACUUCACCUACCCUCAUCACCUCAUUGACCUCGCUUUCCUUGUUUCCGAUUCCAAGGACAACACCGAAGAGUUGCUCUCUCAAAUGCUCGAAGCACAACAAGCCGACCCGGAUCCGUCGCAGCCAUACGGAGAGAUUUCGGUCAUACACAAGGAUUUCGGGCAGGCAGUUGGUCAAGAUGUGGAAUCCAGACACGGUUUUGCGGCCCAAGCCAGCCGAAGAAAAUUGAUGGCGCGGGCACGGAACUGGCUGCUCAGUGCGGCUCUGCGGCCAUAUCACAGUUGGGUGUAUUGGCGUGAUGCUGAUGUCGAGACGUGUCCCUACACCAUCAUUGAAGAUCUCAUGCGGCAUGACAAAGAUGUCAUUGUACCUAAUAUCUGGCGGCCCUUGCCGGACUGGCUUGGGGGUGAACAACCCUACGAUCUCAACUCCUGGCAAGAAUCCGAGACUGCCAUUGCCCUCGCCGAAUCUCUAGACGAAGACGCCGUCAUUGUCGAAGGCUACGCAGAGUAUGCCACCUGGCGGCCUCACCUUGCCUACCUCCGCGACCCCUAUGGGGAUCCCGAUGUCGAGAUGGAACUGGACGGCGUUGGCGGAGUCUCCAUUCUCGCCAAAGCCCGCGUUUUCCGUGCCGGUGUUCACUUCCCGGCCUUCUCCUUUGAACGGCACGCCGAGACUGAAGGAUUCGGGAAGAUGGCCAGACGCAUGAAGUUUUCUGUCGUUGGACUCCCACAUUACACUGUGUGGCAUCUGUAUGAACCGUCCGUGGAUGACAUCCGGCACAUGGAGGAAAUGGAGCGUGAGAAACGCGAACGGGAAAAGCAGGAGAAAGAAAACGCCGACCAGGUCAAGAAGCUCGACGACGAAUUCCGACAGGUGGGCUCUCAAUGGGAGCAGGAUAAGGAAGCUAUCGCGGCCGUCAUCAAGAAGGAAGGUGUGCAGUUGAUCAACACGAACGCUGACAAGAGCGAGAAGGCCGCCUUGGCCGAUCAAGACGAGGAGAGCGGCUGA